CAGAAACUACGUGAGCAAGCCGCCCGUAUAACAUAAAAUAUAUAUAUAAAAAAAAAAAACAAAAAAAAAAAAAAAACAUGGAUAGCCUCAACAAUGUGGAAGUUUUUAAUCUACAUGGCGGAAAUGUGGGAAUAAGAUGGCAGAAAUGGUUAAAAAGGUUUGAUAACUUUCUAAUAGCAGCAGGAAUAACGAGCGAUGAGCGAAAAGAAUUCAUGCUUUUGCACUGUAUCGGCGAGGAAGUAUUUGAUAUAUUUUUAUCACUGCCAGAUCCACAAGUUCCCAUUGAUCCUAAUACAAAUGCCCCAGUAAACUUAGCAAAAUAUGACAAAGCCAAAUUAAAAUUAAACAACCAUUUCUCUCCAAAAGUCAACACGGAGUUUGAGAUUUUCAAUUUCAGACAGGCAAAACAAUCAGACGAGGAAACAAUUGAUGAGUACUAUGCCAGAUUAUUAAAGCUAAGUUUAAACUGUAAUUUUCCUGAUAAAGAUCGAGAGGUAAAGUCUCAAAUUAUACAAGGUACUACAUCAACCAAGUUAAGAAGAUAUGCACUUACAGAGAACCUGUCUCUUAAUCAACUUAUUGCCCAAGGAAAGGCUUACGAGGCAACUAAGGUACAGUUAAACGAAAUGGAAAACAAUGUACUAGCUGAAAAUGUAAACAGAGUGAAGAACUUUAGCAGCAACAAACAAAACAGAUUUAAUAACAGUCAAACAAGGAACAGAAACAGGGAAGGAAACAUUUAAGAUAUUGAAGAAGAACAAAAUGAAUGUCAAAGGGACGGAGCGGAUGCUCUCCAACGGUUGUGA